AUGAUACGCACUCCACCAAGCCAACUGAACCAAAAUGUCGAAAAAGGUGCAGAUAAUCAGGACAAAGUACCAGAAAAUGAAUCUGUUGUCUCUGACGUAUCGAAAAAAGGUACAUCGCGAAGCAGCAUAACUGACAGCCAAAUCAAGCUCUUAGAUCUAGAGGAGGAAAAUGAGGAGGCGGAACUGCGUGCUUCUAUUGAACAAGACAGGAUUGUAGCCGAACAGAAACUAGCCGAAUUGCAGAUUCAGCAUAACCUGGCACUGAAGACGGAACAAAGGAAAGCUGCGUUUCUGAAGCGACAACGUGAGCGAAAUUUGAAAAAGGUUGAGCUGCUGUCUAGAUCGAGUACCUCAAGCAGAUCGAGUGCGUACACUAAUGCGUCUAAGCGUGUUGAAGAGUUGGUUGCUGAGGCAGAAAAGGUAAGGCCACACAACGAAUAUGAAGAAUCAUCAGAAACCGAAGUACGGAAUACGUCGACACCUGGCGUAAAAAACGCGACAGCACCCGAACCUGGGGUGAACGAAAUCUUGUCUCAGGCCUUUAAAGCGUUGCAGAGUCGAAACAUGAAAGACCUGCCCUCGUUUUCGGGUGACGUAAUGGAAUGGACGAUUUUCGAAAGCGAAUUUAAAACGUCAACUGAGGAAUAUAAACUAACUGAUCGCGAUAACCUGAGACGGUUGAACAAAGCGUUGCAAGGUAAAGCGCGCAAGACUGUGGAAUCACUGCUUGCAUCCCCUGAGAAUGUGCAGCAGAUUAUACGAAUGUCGCAGUCAAAUUUCGGACGCACCGAAUGGGUGGUGGCAAAUAGACUGGAAGCGCUAAGAAACCUGGAGAUCGUAAAAGAAGGUAACAUCGAAUCUUUCCGUGCCUUUUAUAAUGCGGUAAUUGGUACCAAGGUUGCGAUGACCAACGCGAAGGCGGAUAACUACCUGAUGAAUCCCGAACUCAUCUCUCACCUGGCUGAUAAACUGCCUGCUUUCAGCAAACAGAUGUGGGUUCGGCAUAAGGCCGCUUUGAUGAAAGAAGGCGUCAUUAUCGAGUUUAACACUUUCUCGCGUUGGUUGGAGGAUGAAAUGGACAACCAACUUGCUAGUCUCAAUCCUGUAUUUAGCGCCAAGAAGGCCAGCUACCAGCUCAAGCCGAAACCGAUGGUUCUGAAUGUCAACUGUCGCGACGAUGAAGGAACAAAGAUUUGUCCUUUGUGCUCGGCAAAUUCUCACGUUGGUCUAGACAAGUGUAAACAGUUCCAUAAGCUGUCUGUUGCUCAACGUCGGUCUGCUGCUAAUUCCUGUAAAGUCUGUUACAUCUGCCUCAAGUCAGACCACUCCAGAAGAAACUGCAAGUCAGAGAAGAAAUGUUCAAUCUGCAAGAAGAAUCAUCACGAGUUAGUCCACUCCGACGAUUCUGCGAGGAACUCGAAGUACACCCGUACGAACACGUAUAAUAGUCAGCAGAAUGUAUGCAAUGUCCAUGGCAAAAAUAUGUAUACACUGCUCCGAAUAGGAAAGGUGAGGAUCCAAGGUCCGAGAGGUACAUCAGAAUUAUUUGCACUUUUCGAUGAAGGUUCGUCUCUGUCGAUGAUGGAUGCUGCAGUUGCGGAGAAUAUUGGAUUGCGAGGACCGAUCGCUCCUGUGUCCUAUCGUUGGACUAAUGGUAUUUUGCACAAGGAAGAACAGUCGAUGAUGCUGUCGUUUCGUAUUUCUGGACCAUCGGAUCAAGCGAAAUGGUUUAACGUUAGCAAUAUCCAAACUGUGCAGAAUAUCGCUCUACCUCCGGUGAAAUUCGACGUUGCGAAGCGAUUGUAUCCUAUGUUAGAUGAUGAUAAAUUAGUUGCCAUCCAGGAUGCCUGUCCCUGUAUACUGAUUGGCUCGAAUAAUGCGGGCCUGGUUGUACCUCUGAAGACGGUGCAAUAUUCGCUUCAAGGCUUGCAAUUGACUCGUUGUCACCUGGGAUGGACGAUCCAUGGAGUAAUAGAUCCGACCAUUGCUGGAUCGAAUAAACAUGCAUUCCUGUGCUCAGAAAAUGAUGACAUUGAACUUACUGAUCUGGUGAAGAAAAUGUACAAAGUUGAAAAUUUUGGGAUUUCUGGUCAGAUGGCGAAAAUAGCCGAUGAAGAUCAGCGUGCACUAGAUAUCAUGAACCGCACGAUCAAACGGCGUGGGGGAACGAUUCGAGGGUACGCUAGGAAAUUGGAGCCUGAAGAAAUAGCUGAAACAUCGAACACCUGGUACCUGCCACACUUCAGUGUGGUGAGCUCCGAGAAGUUCCGUUUGGUCAUGGAUGCCAAAGCAAAGUCACAUGGGUUUUCUCUGAACGAUCUGUUACUGAAGGGUCCCGAUUUAGUUCCACCACUGAUUGCGAUUCUGAUCCGCGCCAGAAUGAAAAGGAUUGCUUUCGUCGCGGAUAUCAAGGAAAUGUUUCACCAAGUACUCAUCCGUAGAGAAGAUCAAGACUCCCAACGUUUCCUGUGGCGUGGUAUGAACCGUAUGGACCCUCCCAGCGUGUACCUUAUGAUGUUGAUGAUAUUUGGCGCUGUUUCGUCUCCAUCGAUGGCGCAAUUCAUUAAGAACUUCAACGCGAAAGAGCUUGAAGAAAAGUACCCUGGUGUUGAAUGA